GUAUUCUUCGCAACGAAGUGCAGUUUCUUGUUGUCUUUCUAUCUGAAACGACGAUAUCUCAGUUUGCCACAACAAAGGUUUUUAUAGACGAAUUUCAAUGUCUAGUGAAAUUUACGACGCGAUUAUUGUUGGGAGUGGAAUCAGUGGACUUGCUGCUGCAAAAUGGUUGAAAGAAAAUAAUUUGAACAAAGUUCUUGUACUGGAGGCGCGAAACAGAGUCGGUGGUCGUACUUAUACUAAAAGCGAUCCUAAGGUUAAUUGGGUCGAUCUGGGUGGAUCAUACGUUGGUCCUACGCAAGACCAUCUACUUCGAAUAGCCAAGGAAUUGGGCGUUGAGACGUUUUUAGUGAAUGAAGUAGAGAACCUCGUUUACUACAAAAAUGGAAAGCGAUAUACCUUCCAAUACAAUGAACUUCCAGCGCUAGAAAACGGAGGUCAAGAAGAGCUUGCGAAACUUUUGAUUCGCUUAGAUGAAUUGGGAGAAAAUGUUUCUAUAAGAGAGCCAUGGACGUCACCCAAUGCUGUUGAGCUCGAUUCGAUGACCUUUAAAGAAUUUCUAGAAAAAGAAUUUAGUUGUAAAGGGGUUCGCGACUUUGGUCAUUUGAUUCAUAACGCGUUUUUGGCCGCUGGUGCUCAGGAGUGUUCGCUGUUGUUUAUGGUUUGGUACAUAAAGCAAGCUUUUGGUACUCGUCGCAUUUUUUCCACCACAAACGGUGGUCAAGAGCGCAAAUUUCAUGGCGGUUCUCAGCUGAUUAGUGAAGGCCUUGCUGAAAAAAUUGGCCGGGAGAAUAUUCGCUUUGGAUCAGCUGUUAAUCGAAUUGAACAACAUGAUGAUUAUGUGACGGUUUCGACGCUUGAUAAUCAAGUUUUCAAAUCCAGACAUGUAAUCAUUGCCAUGUCACCUUGUCUAAUACCCAGCAUUUACUUCGAACCGGCAUUAGAUCCUCUGAAAGCUCAACUAUACCAACGAAUGCCCAUGGGAUCGGUCAUCAAAACAAUUGUCUAUUACGAGAAGGCGUGGUGGAAAGACCUUAACAUGUGCGGCACACUUAUGGUGGAUGGAGAUGGCGAUGAAGAAGCAAAUCCUGUUGAAUACACGUUUGACGAUUCCAAGCCAGAUGGAUCCAAACCUGCUAUAAUGGGGUUCAUUCUAGCAAGUCGAGCAAGGAAAUUGCGAAACUUAACGCCCGAGGAGAGAUGUGAUCGAAUUUGCAAAAGUUAUGCUAAGGGUUUCGGAUCAGACGAAGCUUUGCGAUUUGUUCACUACGAAGAAUGCGACUGGCAAGCUCAACAAUUUUCAUCCGGUUGUUAUACCGGCGUUUGUCCACCUGGUGUCCUGACCGCUUAUUGGCCAUAUUUACGAAAACCACAUGGAAGAGUUUUCUUCGCCGGUACGGAAACGGCCACCGUCUGGAGUGGAUAUAUGAAUGGUGCUGUUGAAGCGGGAGAACGUGCGGCUCGUUAAAUACUUGCUGAGAGAGGCCUGAUUAAAAAAGAUGAAAUUUGGAGAGAUGAACCGGAAUCGAAAGAUUUGCCGCAUAAGCCAUUUGAAGAUAUUAUUUUCAAGUAACUAUCCGGUUGACUGGACUGUUUUACUGUUGUCUGUAAUAAAUUGGUAACGAGAAAACGAAUCGGAUUUUUAGAAAGAAAAA